AUGGAGAGCGCAGCUGUACCUGCAGCCCCAGACCCCACCCUGCAUCCGCCUCUGGAGCAGCUUCGGCACCUAGCCGGGGAGCUGCGGGAGCUGCUUCCCGGAGUGCGGGUCGGCGAAGCCCAGGAAACCACCAAGGAGUUUGAUCGGGAGGCCUUUUGGAGAAGACUCAAUGAGGCAGCUGUGACAGUGUCAAGGGAAGCCACGACUCUGACUGUAGCCUUCUCUCGACUUCCGCUGCCAUCUCCACAGGAAACCCAGAGGUUCUGUGAACAAGUGCAUGCUGCCAUCAAGGCGAUUAUUGCAGUGUACUCUUUGUUUCCCAAGGAUCAGGGCAUCACCCUGCGAAAGCUGGUGCGGAGCGCCACUCUGGACAUCGUGGAUGAUAUGGCUCAGCUUGUGGAAGCACUUUACAUCAAUCCAGCCCAGAGCCCUGAGAACCUGAUUUCCUACAACAGUGUCUGGGAUGCGUGCCACCAUGUACCUCAGAUCCCAAGAGAUAACAAAGCUGCAGCCCUUUCAGUGUUGACAAAGAGCGUGGAUCUUGUGAAGGAUGCACAUGAGGAGAUGGAGCAGGCUGUGGAAGAAUGUGACCCUUACUGUGGACUCUUGAAUGACAUUGAGGAGGACAGCUCUGACAACCAUGUUGGUGAGGAGGAUAUAUUGGGAUGUCCAAACAAUCGGGAUUCAUAUUGGUCAGAGGAAGACCAGGAGCUCAUAAUCCCGUGCCUUGCACUGGCGAGAGCAUCCAAAGCCUGCCUGAAGAAAAUCCGGCUCUCAGUGGCAGAGAACGGAAAGAAGGAUCAGGUGGCCCAGCUGGAUGACAUUGUGGACAUUUCUGAUGAGAUCAGCCCUAGUGUGGAUGAUUUGGCUCUGAGCAUAUACCCACCUGUGUGCCCUCUGACUGUGCGAAUCAGCUCUGCAAAACUUGUAUCCGUUUUAAAGAAGGCACUUGAGAUAACAAAAGCAAGUCAUGUGACUCCACAGCCAGAAGAUAGUUGGAUUCCUUUACUUAUUAAUGCUGUUGAUCAUUGCAUGAAUAGAAUCAAAGAACUCACUCAGAAUGAAGUUGAAUCAUGA